AUGAAUAGAUUAUUAUCAUUUAAAUCAAUAUAUAGAAAUAACAAUAAUAAUAAUAAUGUAUAUACGUUUGCAUUUAAAAGAUAUUUUUUAAGUUCUUCAUCUGAUUUCGAUAGUAUUACUAGAUUUUCAAAUGAAAAUAAUAAUAAAAGUAAUAGGAACAACAACAAUGAUCACAAUAUAGUUAAAUCAAAAGAGUUAUCAAAAGAAUUCAAAGGAAAGUUUAACAAUAAGAGAAAGUCAAAACAACACGUUCAAGCUUUAUAUCAUCUUGUGAAAGCACCUGAUCAAAAUAUUCAAUGGAAAUCUAAUAUAGUUGAGUUUAUUGAUUCUCUGAGAAGUUUGAAUCAAAUUGAUGAGUUGGCUGCAAAUGUAAAUCAUGUCAAUUGGAAGAGUGUACAACCCGAAGUUAGGGAGGUGGUUGCAAACAAACUGAGGGAAGUUCUUGAAAAACUAUUGGAUCUGGAAUCUUCUUCUUCUUCAUUUCCCUCAAAGACUGGAAGAGUAUUCCGUAGUGGACCACAUCACCUACAUCAACAUCAACAACAACAACAACGUAACAUUCAACAUCUUAGUUCAAACGAAGAGAAUAUCAAUGCGAUUGCAACUAGUUUGGUAUCACUCUACUUGGUCGGAGGUUUCAAAGAGGAAGCAGAGGAGAUCGUUCGUCUUUCACCAAGUCUCGAUAUCUAUGUGUUGAUGCUACUCGAGCGUCUGAGAACGUCGGGACCGGCAGCUGCACUGCGCUACUACACAACGACACCACCACUUUCCAACUUUGAGAAAUCACCGAAAUUCGCAGAGUUCAUGCACGAUCUAAAGUCGAAUCAUUGGACACUGAACACCUACUAUCUUGGUCUACAGCAAUUCCUCUCCAACACCUACUCACAGCUCAUUCAUUCUCAGAGUUUCGACAAGAUAUUGUCACACUAUUCCUCGGAUCAGCUGUCGGCAUUCAUUGUCUUGGUUGAACUAUUCAAACAGCAAGUUGUAUCACAAAAACAACAAGAUGAAAAACAACAACAACAACAAAUUCAACAUUAUAACGAUUUAAUUAAUAAUAUAGAGAUAUCUAUUGAUACUCAAUUACAACCAUCGGUCGUUUCAAACGUACUUUCGUCGGUGGUAUUACACUUUCUUCAUUUGGAUCGAUAUGAGUUGGCGCUAAAGUGGUUCGCAAGAAGAGUUCGUUAUUCAUUGACACCGGACAGCGACUCCAUCUUUCAUUUCAUCCAUUAUCACGAAAGCAGGAAGAGUAAUACAGAUAGGAAGCUACUUGCCUAUUGGGACAGCAUGAGAUUUGACUAUGGAUUCCUAAAGAAGUUGGAUAGUCAAGCAAGACUAGACUACAAUCGUCGAUUCAUCUAUUACUUACAACAAGGUGUAAAGAUGACAAAACAAACAUCAUCAUCAUCAUCAUCAAUUCAACAACAAGAACUUUCACUUCCACGUGAGCCUACAGAUUCAGAGUUGGAGUUAGACAAAGAACUGGCUAGUUCUGGUACCAACAACAACAACAAUGACAAUGACAAAAGUAGCAGCAGUAACAACAAUAAUAAUAAUAACAAUAACAACAUUAGAUUCGAUAACAUCUGUAGAGUUGUCUAUAAUUGUAUCAAACAGUCACCGGACAAUAUACCUAGUGGCACAAGAUUGUUGGAAGCAUUGUGCUUGCUGAGGGAGUUACGUCCAAGCUAUUUCCUACAUUUCCAGUCGGGACUACCAAAAUCGAUACGUCCACUCGCAUUCCACUCCAACGAUUAUUCCAAGUUGAAAACCUACCUUUCAGAGACUAUAAAGUAUCUGGACAAUAAUGAUCCUCUUAUGUACAGUGGCAAUACGAUGAUAUUGAAUUACUUGGUUGUUGGUAUUGCACAGUGCAAGCAGUUCGACUUGCUCCUCUCGCUCCUAACAAAGAUGGUCUCACAGAAUACACUUCUCUUUGACUGGGCAAUCGAGUCGUCGUUCAGUGCACUCAUCGCCAACAAUCUCUAUCCCGAGCAACUCGUCAGCCAAAUGGAACCGAUCUACAUGCAAGGCGGAGCAUUCACAUCGAUUCAAAAUUGUAAAUUGAAUUCAUAUAUCAACAAACUCGAACAGCAAAUGAUUCAUAUUAGCAAUGACGACGACAACAACAACAACAAUCUCAACACUUCCAUUGAGUCAAUCAUCAAGUAUACCAGUAAAAUACAUCAACCAAACUUAUUGACACAUUCAAUAGUUUUGAAAUUAUCACAAUUAAUAUUACAACAAUCUCAACAACAAGAGCAGCAGUCAAAUAACACAGAAAAGAUGAUGCAACAUCUAUUCAAAUAUCUACCAAGUGGAACUUUCCAAAUGAGACAUAUAUCGAUUAUCGAAUGUCUUUUGGAUAUUGCUGAUAGAGAUGAAAAGAAGAGAGACGAUAUUAGAGUAAUGCUAAAGUCACACAUCGAUAGAUACUAUGAAAGCUAUCUAGAGAAAGAGAAUUUAGAUUUACUUUUGGUAUUCGCAUUGUCAAAGGCUAUUGAAGAUCCUCACAAGAUGGUGGCUAUAUUCAAAGUGCUGCCAGUUGCCAAAGGUUACCAACGAGAGUUAAUCGAAACAAUCAAACGACACAAUCAAACCGUACAAGACGCAGCACUCCACAAAAGAUUGAGUCAAAAAGAUAUCUUUUAUUUCUCACACAAUCCAAAGACUACACUUACAGAAGAAGCAUCAAGUUUUAUCAAUCACAAAAUCUUAAACAAAUAA